GUUUAAGUAGAGCUCAGAUGAAGUCACGUCCACAGUGAGUGCCCAGAGGGGAGCAGCGAGCACUCGUCACACACUCGCAGUCAGGCUUCCACACAGCCCCCCGCCCCCCCGCCGACCCUGGAGAAAACAACUCCCUGAAAUAAAGAGAGCGGGAAACUAAGCUGCAGAGAUCUUUCUCUCCUUUCAUCUCUCCUGGUGCUCAGAGGAAACCUCACAGAGGAGUUUUUAUCUUCACUUUGCUUCCUGGCUGUCAGCUGAGCGUCACAGGGAGGAAGUGGAGGUCUCACCUGAGGCAGGUGCACGUCUCCGGUGCUCAGCAUGAGGCCCUGAGGAGGCAGCGGGAUUUACUGUAAAGCUGGUUGGAUUUUAAGGAGGAGGAGGGAGCAUGGGGAAGGAGCAGGACCUCCUGCAGGCGGUGAAGAGUGGAGACCUGCUGUCCACCCAGAAGCUGCUGUCCAAGCUGAAGACCAACAGGAACAAGCUGCUGGGCUCCACUAAGAGGCUGAAUGUGAACUACCAGGACUCAGAUGGGUUCUCAGCGCUGCACCACGCCGCUCUCACGGGGACGAGCGAGCUGCUGGCGGCGCUGCUCGAGGCUCAGGCCACCGUGGACAUCAAGGAUAGUAACGGAAUGCGCCCGCUGCAUUACGCCGCCUGGCAGGGGAAAGCCGAGUCGGUCCUGAUGCUGCUGCGCUCCGGAGCCUCGGUCAACGGCGCCUCGCUCGACGGACACAUCCCGCUGCACCUGGCUGCUCAGUACGGACACUACGAAGUGGUGAGUGCGAGCGUCCUCAGGCUGAAGGUGUCACCUCCCCCUCAGGUGGCCCAGCUGUUGCUGAGCAGCAACAUGGUGGUGGCGCUGCUGGAGGGCGAGAGGAAGGAGCCGAUGGACUCGGCCUUCACCACGCCGCUGCACCUCGCCGCUCGCAACGGGCACAAGGACGUCAUACGAGCAGAUGCAGCAUCAAAGUUAGCGGCGCCGUACAUGCGGCGCGUGAGCGCGCUCCGUAAACCUGCAGCGUUUGAAGCUCCUUGCCUUAAAGUUCUGCUUAUACAUGUUUGGAUGUUUAUUAGCUGUGAAAUAACACAAGUCGUCACUUUAAAGACUAAAAAUGAACCUGUUGUUUUUGUUCUCACCUACUUCCUGUUUGUUUCCUCUUCAGACGCGACGGGCGUUUUGCAGGUCAGAGCUCUGAAGGAUUACUGGAACCUCCACGACCCCACCGCCCUCAACAUCCGGGCCGGAGACCUGAUCACGGUGAGGCGCCCGGCUUUGACCUGCAGGCUGAGGGGAUGCAGACGGCGCCACGGAAAAUUACAGCUCAUUAAACACAUUUAUCUGUGUGUGAGACGUGAUGAGUGUCAGGGACUCAUCACUCACCUGCACAGGUGUGACUGUAGCUUGAACCCUGACCUCGUGCUGUCACAGACCUUCUCUUUACCCCUGAUCUGUGUCCUGCACCUCAGCCACACCCCCUCAGUCAGCCCCUCCCCUUCCCUGACAGAACCAGGUCCAUCCGAGUCUCUGUGUCUGAUAGGUUCGUCUCCGAGCCGUCUGUCUCAGUCUGGGUGUCCCUUCGAGGACAUCUGGGUUCUCAGGGACUCGUGUCAUGCUGGAGACAGAAACAGUGUCGGGAGCACCGGCAGCGUGGGCAGCACCCGCAGCGCCGGCAGCGGGCAGAGCACUGAGAGCAGCCACGCCCCCAACGGACUGCAGCACCACGCCAGUCACCAUGACAACAAGGCAGCGCCCUCUGCUGUUGAUCCAGGGCAGUCUGCAGACUUUAGCAGGCCGGCUGAUCAUCCUGCAGGCGGGACUCCUCGGAGGCAGACAGUGACGGUGCAGAGACCUGCAGAGCAGAGCUUCUCCCAGCAGUUUGUUCGUCCUCAGCAGCUGCUGGAUGGGAAGGAUGCAGAAGCCAUCUAUGAGUGGCUGAGUGAGUUCCAGCUUGAGCAGUACAUCGGAAACUUCCUGAACGCUGGAUAUGAUGUACCGACCAUCAGCAGGAUGACCCCUGAGGAUCUCACGGCCAUCGGAGUGACCAAACCAGGACACCGCAAGAAAAUCUCCAUUGAGAUCAACAACCUGAACAUCCCAGAGUGGCUGCCAGAGUACAUCCCAUCUGAUCUCUGCGAGUGGCUCAGUGCCAUCGGCCUCCCGCAGUACCACAAAAAACUCUCCGAAAAUGGCUACGACUCCAUCAGCAUCGUCAAAGACCUCACCUGGGAGGAUCUGCAGGAGAUCGGCAUCACCAAGCUGGGCCACCAGAAGAAGCUGAUGUUGGCAGUUAAGAAGCUGUGUGACAUCCAGAGAGCGAUCCUUCAGGCUGAAUCAGGCCAUGGCACGCUGCGACGCAAAGGUCCCGGAGCCCUUCACCUGGUCGCCAUUGAGGCCGAUGCUGGCAGCGAAUGCUCUUCACCUCACACCCCGAAGAUGCUGACCUUCCAGGACAGCGAGCUGAGCGCCGAGCUUCAGACAGCAAUGUCAAGCCACUACGGAGACUGCGAGGAAGGUUUGGCCAUCAAGAAUGCGGUGGGGAUGUCCCAGAGCCAGGAGAGCAUUGACACCCGGUCCAGAGGUUCUGGACGCUCACAGGAGCCUCCUACAGCCUCCAUCACCCCCCAGAACUGGUCCCAGGAGAGCCUGGAGGGCAGCCCCGCCAAGGAGAGGAAUCUUCCUGAGGGAUGGGACCAGAGGCCCCUACAGCAGCAGCCUCUGCCAAAACAGGUUCCUCUGGGUACGGCCACUGUGUUCAAGUACCCGGCCAUCCCUGCAAAGCCCAAACUGCCUGGAUCCCAAGGCUCCUCCCCUCACGGCUCCCCAACCCUGAAGGGGUUCAGUUACCUGAACUCGUCUCCCAGGCACCAGCACCACGCUAUGACCCUGACACCACCCAACAAGCGCACCCAGAGCAUCACCCGCUACGCUCUGUCAGACGGAGAGCCCGAUGAGGACGACGAGGACCUGAUGCGUGCUGGAAACGUGCCAUCUUACGCCACUUUAACCCGCAAGCCCGGCCGCCACCAGCUGGCUCGACUGCAGCCGAGUCCAGACAAAAAUGGCAGCGUGGGACGCAGCCAGUCGUUUGCUGUCCGUGCCCGGAAAAAAGGUCCCCCUCCUCCUCCCCCAAAGAGACUGAGCUCAGUGAGCAGCACCACCAGUGGCGAGCUAAGCGACAGCAGCACGACUUCGUCCACUGGCGGCGUAGUGACUGACAGUCCGGGGAGCGUGCGCAGCAUCGCAGCGUCCCUGGAAAGCUGCGCAGAGGGGAAGAGCAGCUCCACGCCAGAUAUUGUGCAGCACGAGGCUCCAUCUCCCUCCCUCAGCUCCGAGGUUGCAGGAGUAAGGAGG